AAAACAAUAAAUUUUUUUUUGGUAACACUGGUCCGUACAGCGUUCGUUCGUAAGAGUUUCCAGACUUAGAAGUAGCGAAAGGACUCCGCUUUCUCAACCUUUAGGCCAUUUCCUCUUUCGUCUUCAUUUUCUUUCUUUCUCUGAAACUCUCCUUUUCUCUCUAGCCAAACGCCUCACUUGUGCAAUGGAUAACCAACAACUUCAAAAACACGAUAUUCAUGGAAAAUAUGUCUGUCGAAAAUGUGGAUGGCCAUAUCCAAAGCCACACCCAAGUUCCAAACACAGACGAGCACACAAGAAGAUCUGUGGAACUGUUGAAGGUUACAAGCUUGUCGACAUGGAAGGAAGUGGUCAUUCAACCAUUUCUGAUGAUGAUGAAGAUCACAACAAGACCCCUACUCGCCAAGUAUUUGAAGAAAGUAGUUUUGAGAAGGGUAAUGGAAGAACCAUGGAAUUGACAAAUAGAACAGAAGAUGUUUUUUCUGAUGCCGCCACUGAAUUUUCAGAAGGUAGAUUAUUUGCAGUGACUCAAGAUCAGGCUGAUGCUGGGAAAUCGGUUACUAAUGUGGAAAAGAUUGUAAAGAGUGAAUCAAAUAUGAACCAAUCCUCUGAUGAUGGUCCAAUUGCUGAAAGCAUUAAACCUCUGGGCAGUAUAAUUGAUGGUAUCCAAAUGCAACAUUCUGAAACUCCAGAGAGCACUAGUAAUGGAUCAGGAGGUGCACCAGAAUAUAUGGAACCCUCAGGCUGUAUUGCUAGUUCUGUGAUAGAUUCUUCUACAGAUUUUCAGAAUGAAGAUUUGGCUCUUAAUGUUAAUAGAAAUGCUUCAGUUGGUGAAUUGCAUACUGUGAAAUCAGACACACAGAAAGAUGUAUCAGUAGAGAGUGAGAAGACAAAUUUCAUUGAUGAUAAUGUUGAUGGCUCUUCGACAUUGUCUCGAAAGGGGAUGCAUGUGAAGGUGGAGAAAGACAAAUAUUUAGAUAGCAGUGCGGUGCAAUUUACAAUCUUACCCACUAAUGUAGAUGCUGAAACAGCUGGGGUCAUGUCCAAGUCAGGUGAAGCUGUUGAAAAGUUAGAACCUGUGCCAGCUAUGCCCGAUGGUGGUCUUGUUCAGUUGCAAGAAAAGGUUACUGAUGUUUCUACUGAAGAUGAACAUGUAAAUGCUUCCAAUGAUACUGCCAAAACUACAGUGGAUAGUGCAGAAGGAAUAGACUACAUGAAUUCUGGUGAUUUAAUUGAGAAGAAGGGAGAAGUCGAUGCUAACUUACUUGUUCUUUCUGUUCCAGAUGACAUACAUGUAGUUGAUAAUCCUGAUCUAUUGCUUGAGGAUUUUAAAGAUCACAAAGCAUUGAAAGUAGACCAUUUUUCCACCUUAGAAUGCAAACAAACUAAUGAUGAAGAGGAUGAUACUAAAGGACCUGAUGUUGUGAAGACAGGUCUUGAUUUGCUGACUGACCAAAGUGAAAACAAUGUGGUCUUUGUUUCAGAUAGGCAUGUUUUGGAAGAUAGUGUGGAACUCAAUCACAGUAGAAGCGUGCCAACGGUUAAAGAUGUGCCGGUUGAAGAGGAAGUUAAUUUGUCCGAGAGCAAGGUCAAAAUCACUGAAAGCCAAAGAUCAGAUGAAAAGGGAACCCCGUCAGAAGUUGUGAUGCCUCUAAUGGAUAAAACCUUUUCGAUUUCUUCUCUUGGAGGAGAGGAAUCUUAUGGUAUUUGCAGCGAGACUUUCCAGGAUAAUUUUUACACAAAUACUAAGACUGUAGUAUCUGAUGAAGAUUUAGUUAUUGGUUCAGGCAAUGCAGGGAUAGUUCAAGCAGCCCACUUAUCUCGUGUGGACGAUCAUGAAAAGGUUGAUAAAUCUGAUUUUUCAGAAGAUUUCUCUCAUGGUAAAGAGGAUGACAGUACUGUGAGCCAUGUAACUGUUGCUGAUAGUACUGGAUCUAAAAGUGAAAAUUUAGUGACCAACUUACAUGGAGGAGUUGAUGCUGGCUAUGAAAAAAUCGAAUUUGGAAAGGAUGAUUUGACUGGAGAUGCUGGUGGUCAUGUUGCUACUCGUGUGAUGGAUGAAACUGUAGUCGCGAGCAGCAAUGGUCCUGCAAAGGAAAGUUUCUUAAAGCACUCAGUAGUUAAUCCUGAAUCUGCUGAAAAGGUUUCUGAACUUCAAAUUAGUUUGGAAAACAACUUACAGAAAGGAGAUGAUGAUGGUAAUUAUGAGAAGUUUGAAAUCAGGGACUAUAUAGGUGGAGACACUUGUGAUGCUGCUGCUGGUCAGUUGAAAGAUGUAACUGGAGUUGACAAUUGUGAGGGUCCUACAAAGGAAAGUUGCGCAGAGAAUGCUGUAGUUAUUCCGGAAUCUAUUAAUAAGUCCUCUGAACUCCAUGUUAAUCGAGCUGCCAGUUUACAGGAUGGUAUUGAUGAUAAUAGUUUUGAGAAUGAUGGAAUUCAGAAGUGUGUUGAAGAUGGAUUUAAAAGCAAGGAAGGACCUGUAGAAGAACACUCAUCAGUGCAGCCAAAACAUAAGCCAGAAUCUGCUAGCCAUUUUCAAGAAUCCCACCCUGUAGAAGAGUCACCAGUCAUUGGAUACGCAGAUUCAAGCAGUGCUCCUACUUCAGGCAGUGUGGGUGUCAUAGUGGCUUCAGAUAAACUGCAAGAGACGACUGAAAAAAAACUUGAUGGAAAUGACGGAGUUCAGGACAGCGAGGAUAGCAAUGUUAAGGAACCAACAGCUGAUUCUCCCUUGCAUGUGAAGUCAUCGAUCGGUAGUUCCACUGGAAUUGAUGAUAUCUCUAUGAAAGCAUUUGAUGCCACAUCUGUGCAUGGUUCUGAAUAUUUUCAAGAAGGAAUUGACAAACAACACCUAGCUGGGUCUGUAACUGAUUUAUCAGUUGACUCAUUUAGCCAAACUGACAGUUUGGAGGGAAACUGGGGAUCUGUUUCAGUGCUUUCCAUCCAAUCAGACGCACAAGCUGUUGUUGAUGCUGACAGUUUACCACCGAGCGAAUCUCAAGUGGCGAUUGGAGAGAAGACAGACUCAAAUCAGUUGAAGCCUGCUUCUGAAGGACAACAUCCAGACAAAUCAGACAUGUUUGAGGCACCGUCUUUCUUGACACUGGUUGAACCUGGGAAUGGCGAAAAAGCUACUUUGGAUGAAAUCCAGACAGGCCAGAACUCACAGCAGCCAAAAUCUCCGGCUUCACAAGCUGGGUGGUUUCCUUCGAUUACUCAAGUCAUAAAUGAAUCGCCAGGGAGAAAGAAGAAUGAAGACAUCAUUGCCAAGGUAACAAACUGGAGCACUGGUAAGCAACAACACACUCCUUUGAAAAACCUCUUGGGCAAGGCCUCGGUAGAGGCGAGAGCAAAGUCGCCAAAGCGUAAAGAGAAUGUAGCUCCAGAUAUUCAGAAAGGUGAAAAAGCAACAACAGUAAACUCCAUUCUGGCUCCUGAAUCACCCUUAGGCCACGCUGCUGCUGAUAGAGAGAUCGGUAAAGAAUGGAACUCGCCUGCAAGGUAUCCUGCGGAGAUUAAAAGAGAAAAGAGGAAGAGUAGACCAUAUUGGGCACAGUUUGUAUGCUGCUCAUCGUCGGUUCAUUAGAUUCGCCAAAUGGAAUCUUGUGAACAGGUUUACACUUCACCACCACCACCACCGUUCAUGUUGAUGCAAAUCUAGUCUCGUUUGGUGUUUAGUCUUAGAGGGGUACAUAAAAUGUUCAAUUUGUCACAUGUUUUUCUGAAUAUUUUUCUCUCUAUAAUUCUUAUUGGCCUAAGUUUGUAUAUGGUGUUGCAUUUUAGUCAAUUUGUUAGUACUGGGUGGUUUCGUUAUGACCUUAUGCCUUGGCUUUGGCUUUGGCUUGGCUCCGGGGGCUGGAAGUGAGGAUUAUUAUUAUGUGAGACAUUAGUUUAGAAUUACUGUAAUCAUUUCUCUUUGAUGUGUAAGAUUUUUAUAAAAUGGCAAUUAUUUUGGUGUA